AUGGCAGCCAUGGAUACUAUCCUUUGUCAUGCACUCUUUGGUGUAGCAUUUGUGAUUACUCUUUUCAUAUAUCUUGGAUCAACCUCUGCUACAGAAGCAAGCAAUGGUGGGUUUAGUGUCAAACUUGUCCACCGAAAUUCCCCAAAAUCGCCGUUCUACAAUCCUAGCAAAGCUUCUACGAGCAAGCCACAGUCACCAGUACAAGCCAACAACGGCCAGUAUCUUAUGAAGCUCUCACUCGGAAAUCCUCAAUUUGAUCUUUACGGCAUUGCUGAUACAGGCAGUGACUUAUUGUGGGCACAAUGUGUACCAUGUGAGGGCUGCUAUAAGCAAAUCAAACCCAAAUUUGAUCCGAAUAAGUCAUCAACAUAUAGCGACCUACCUUGUGAUGCACCAGAAUGUAGUUUGGUUCCUAAUUCUUGUUCAACACAAAAUGUUUGCAAUUACGAUUACGAAUACGGAGACGGUUCGGUGGUCAGGGGGGUAUUGGCUAAAGAGACCAUUUUCCUAGAAUCCACGUCUGGGAAUGGUACUGUUGCCCUAAAAGGUAUUACCUUUGGUUGUGGACAUAACGAUACAGGGGUUUUUAACCAAGAUGAUAUGGGUCUAAUUGGCCUUGGAGGAGGGCCUAUAUCUUUCAUUUCUCAAAUGGCUCCCUUGGUUGGAGGCAAGAAGUUCUCAUACUGUUUGGUUCCAUUUCAUACUGACCCUAGUAUCGAAAGCAAGAUGAGCUUCGGAAAGGGCAGUGAAGUGUUGGGUGAAGGUGUGGUUACAGUGCCGUUGGUGCCGAAAGACGACACCUUUUAUUCUGUGACGGUGGAAGGAUUUAGCGUCGGAGACAAGUUUGUGCCUUUUGAUUCAUCAGGGAAAGUUGAGAAGGGCAACAUAUUCCUCGACUCCGGGACACCACCUACUUAUAUACCAACAGAUUUAUAUGAAAGGUUGGUAGCCGAGCUGGGGAAACAGAUUCCGAUGGCACCGAUUAAAGAUGACCCAGAUUUGGGGAAUCAGCUGUGCUACAAAACCAAGACGAAUCUCAAGGGACCAAUAUUGACGGUGCAUUUUGAAGGGGGUACUAAUGUGAAGUUGACAUCAACACAAACCUUUAUUCCACCAAAAGAUGAGGUUUUCUGCUUUGCAAUGAUAGGCGAUGACAGUGGUGUUAACAUUUAUGGAAACUUUGCUCAGACAAAUUUCUUGAUUGGAAUGGACCUUGAAAAAAGGGUGGUCUCUUUCAAGUCAACUGAUUGCGUCAAAGAUUAA